UCUAGAAUCAAUACAAUUCGAUCAUUAUUAUUAUUAUUAUUAUUAUUACUAGUUCCUACUAUUAACCAACAAAAAGCCAAAUCAUAUGAAGGUAACUAAUAGAGUGAUAGAAAGACACAACUAUACUAUUUGAUUAUAAUUAAACAAUUUUCAUAUAAAAUUUAAAAGAAUAAACUAUACAUUACUACUAGAGUUUAAAAUACAAAACAAAAUACUAAAAAGAUUUUAUUAAAAAUGCCAAUAGAACAAAGACCAUAUAGUAAUACAUUACAUCAAAGUGGUGAAAGAAAAGCUGUUAUUAAAUAUGUUGAAAUGAGUAAAGAAAUGCAACAAGAUGCUGUACAAACUGCUGCAAUGGCUAUGGAUAAAUAUAAUGAUGAUAAAGAUAUUGCAUUAUUUUUAAAAAAAGAAUUUGAUCGUAAAUAUGAACCAACAUGGCAUUGUAUUAUUGGAAGUAAAUUCUCAAGUUAUGUAACGCAUAUAAAACAAUUCUGUAUUUACUUUUCAUUGGAAGAUCGUGGAGUUCUUCUUUUCAAAACUGUAUGAAAUAUUCAACUAAAAAUCUGAUAUCUUUUUAUUGGAGCAGUGGAUCGAUAAUUUGGAUUCGUGAUCAAUUGUCCCUUGGCCACAUUUAGAUCAUCUCAGUUGACACCCAUACAACAUUUUGUUAGUAAAUUGAGAAGUCAUAUCAACAUAACACUUAAAUCACUUUUGUUUGAUAAAAUCAACAUAUCAACUUUUCAAAGCAAAAAAAUACCAGACUACAUCUCGUUUAACUUACAUUUCUCCUUAUUCAUAUAGAAUCAUCGAAGUAGCUCAU